UCUGCUACUCGCCUCUCUCUUUGCCCUCUCAUCUUGGAGUGUUUCAUCUCCAGGCGGAAGCACUGUUACCCAGUCCCAUGAUGUCUCUGUGGAGGAGGGGGGGGCGGUGGACAUCACCUGCUGCUGGACUCUGGAGUCUGACAGGUUUAGAGUUUAUUGGCUGAAAAAUCAAACAGAGAUUAAGAAUGAAAUUAUCAACUUGAAGAAUCACUCUCAUGGAUCUCUGCUGAAUGAGAUGACUGGCUGCUCAAACUUGACUUUUACGAAUGUCACGCCAGAGGAUUCAGGGAGAUACAUCUGCAGGGUGACAGAGGAGAUCCCAUCUUUAUCUACGACUGAAGGAGCUGGUACUGUCAUCACCGUUAGGACCAGAGACAACACAGCAGGAGGUCCCACCAGCAGUCUCCUGCAGUCUCCCAGGGUAAUUGCCCUGGCUGUGGGGGCCCCGUUGCUCCUUGUCGCCUUUGUGUGUUUCUGCUCUUGGCGACGGAGACAAGCGCGAGCCGGCAGUGUGAUCUACGAGGUUCCCCACAUCGACUCUGAGGAGGCAGAAAUGGACAAACACAGCACUAGCUCCUCCAGAGGUUCUUCCCAGUGGUGUCAGGUACCAGUGUAUGAAUCCUGCGAUUACUUUGAACGUGUGGAGACCAAAGAAAGUGAAUGAGGAUGUGCCGAGCGGGGACCUUCACUCAUCUUUCAGUAGUUUCUACUUUUCAACAUGUAUAUAAUGUACAUUCUUUGACUAACCUUCACCUGAAUUAUGCAUGUGUGAAUAUUGUGAUUUUAAACGAGUGUAAAUAUGUGUUUCUCUAAACUCUUUGUGGUCUAAGUUUGUUUAAAUAAUGACAAAGUGUGUGUGUGUAGAGAUGCAGGUUUCACAAUGACUUCAAAUCACACAGAGGACACAGAGUGGAAACUGUGCUACGAGUUCGGCGCAUUAAAAAGGUCAAAGACAGGAAGUGGAAACAGCU